UCGUCUCUCUCUAAUAAAUGGAUAUCACAUCCGCAUUCGUUCUACUGCCAUCUCCUUCUCGCUUUUGCGAGUUGCGACGCGAGAGAUCAGAAAGAUAGAAAAUGGCGCAGUACAUUGGGAAGGGAGAUGAUCAAAUUGUAAAAGGAGAGGAGUUUGAGAAGAAAGCAGAGAAGAAGAUCGGUAGCUGGAAUUUGUUCGGCAAUAAAUACGAAGAUGCCGCAGAUUUAUACGAAAAAGCUGCGACGCUCUACAAAUUGGCUAAAUCAUGGGAUAAAGCAGGAUCUAUAUAUCUCAAAAUGGCUGAUUGUCACUUGAAGGCAGAAAGCAAGCAUGAAGCUGCUUCAGCAUAUGCAAAUGCUGCUAGCUGUUACAAAAAAGUUUCUCCUCAAGAGGCUAUUUCAUGUUUAAAUCAGGCAGCCAAUAGCUUUAUGGAAAUUGGCAGGCUUAAUAUGUGCGCAAGAUAUUACAAGGAAAUUGCAGAGAUGUAUGAACAUGAACAAUACUUUGAGCAGGCUAUUAUUUUCUUUGAACGUUCUGCUGAUUUUUUCCAAAGUGAAGAGUCAUCAUCUGCUGCAAAUCAAUGCAAACUGAAAGUUGCACAGUUUGCUGCUCAGUUAGAAGAUUAUACAAAAGCUAUUGCAAUUUAUGAAGAAAUAGCACGGCAAUCAGUGAACAAUAAUCUUCUCAAAUACAGUGUGAAGGGGUAUCUCCUGAAUGCUGGCCUUUGCCAACUUUGUAGGGGUGAUGCUGUUGCAAUCAUGAAUUCAUUGGAGCGAUAUCAGGAAUUGGAGCCCACUUUUUCUGGAACACGUGAAUACAAGUUUUUGUCUGAUCUUUCUGCUUCAAUCGAAGAGGAAGAUGUUGCAAAAUUCACUGAUAUUGUCAAGGAAUUUGAUAGCAUUACAGCACUGGAUUCUUGGAAAACCACUAUUCUGUUGAGAGUAAAGCAAUCCCUGAAGGCAAGGGAAUUGGAAGAGGACGAUCUUACUUGAAUUCUUUGUUAUCCACUAUCUAAUUUUGGGUUUGUAUCCACUAAUUAGUUACUGGUUAGCCAGACUUGCAUCCCUUUAUAGUCCUAAUUUGUGUUGUAAUUGGUUUUGGGUUCUAAGGAGAGACUUUUAUUGCUUGGAUUUAUGUGCAUAAACUAGUAUUUUCCUAUUCCCUCCCUAAGUUGGCUCUUUAAUUGUUCAUUGCGUCAAUAUCGUAUUUUUAAGAAAAUAAGAGCUAACUUGAUUGAAUGUGAAGUGUAGUUGGCGAGUGUUGGUGAUUGGAAUGGAGUGAAGGUUUGCUUAUCUGUUA